AUGCCCACCAACACCCACACCAUUAGGUACAACACAGGCAAGAAGAGUUUGUUCAGUGUACACCUCAUGUCUGUCAAGUUUGAGGACCUGUACGAGUUCAUGGUGGAGGGCAAUGUGGAUGAUGUCAAUGUGCUGAACGAGGUGAGGGAGAGGAUCAGGGAGCAAGGCAGGGUGUGGUGGGCUCUGGAGGCAAGCAAGGGUGCAAAUUGGUACCUCCAACCAAAGAUUUCUUCAAAUGAGGGGGUGAUCAGUGUCACAUCACUCAAGUUGUCAGUGCUCACUAAUACAAUUACAUUGAGGAGGUUGAUCAGGAAAGGUGUGCCGCCGGUGCUGAGGCCAAAGGUUUGGUUAUCUGUGUCAGGAGCAGCCAAGAAACUGUCAACAGUACCAGAAACAUACUAUGACGAGCUAAUUCGUGCUACUGAGGGGAAGACCACGCCAGCCACAAGGCAAAUUGAUCAUGAUCUUCCUCGCACUUUCCCUUGUCAUCCUUGGUUGAACAGUGACAAGGGUCAGGCAUCUCUGCGACGUGUACUUGUGGGGUACUCAUUCCGUGAUUCAGAAGUUGGAUACUGCCAGGGUCUAAACUAUGUAGCUGCACUCUUGUUGCUUGUGAUGAAGACAGAGGAGGAUGCAUUUUGGAUGCUUGCUGUACUCCUUGAGAAUGUACUUGUCAGUGAUUGCUAUACUGACACUCUUUCUGGAUGCCAUGUCGAGCAGAGGGUGUUCAAAGAUCUCCUGGCUAAGAAGUGUCCAAGGAUUGCUGCUCAUCUUGAAGCAAUGGGGUUUGAUGUUUCACUUGUUGCUACAGAAUGGUUUUUGUGCCUCUUCUCAAAGAGCCUGCCUUCAGAGUUUCUGAUGAGCAUUCUUAGAUUUGAUAAAUGCUUGCUCCAGUCCUUCAGUCUGGCUCUUAGGGCCUUGAAUUUGGAAGAGAUGAGAACAAGGAUACCCCCAGAUGCUCCUACCGAGGGUACAUAA